AUGGAUUUCACGGCCGAGCCUAAUAACAAUAAGACUAGUACACAGUACCAUCUUCCUCUGGUUAGUGCUAGAUGGGAUUUAUUAAUAAGACUCCCUGGAGAACUUGUUGGUAAUGAUAUAUGUCUUCAAGGAAACCUCCAAGCUUCUUUCCUUUACAAGAACGUUACUCUUGCUACUUCCUCUAUUCAUAGUUACGAAGAACUCGAACGAGACACGCCUCAGCUUCUUAGCGUGUCAGCGGUUGCUACUGGAGAAGAUUUGAGCGGCGCGGUUGGGAAAGAGAUUAUGGAGGCUAUCAAAGAGAGGAAUGAAUUGCAGUUUGGAUCGCGGUUGUCUCUAACGGAUUGUAGAGAGGAGACAAAGAAAGGAACGGUGAGCUAUGAAUGCGAUGAAGCCAAGUUGCGGUUUGAGCUAGGUUCUGAUCAGAUUAAGGCAACUGCGUUUGGAGACCACCCUAAUUGCAUCAUUAAAGAAUAG